UCCUCUCCCUGCGCACCCGGGGUGGGGGGGAACAGAGUUUCCUUCCAAAGACCUUUCUUUUAUCUGAAGCCUCACAGCCCAGCAGGCUGCACUUGGUGGAGCCAGUCACAGCAGCCGAAGCCAGCCAGCAGCCUCAGCGAGGAGACUUGCUGGGGUGAGGAGGGCAGGUGUUGCCAGCCCUGGAGAAGAAGGGCCUGGUGGCCCUCAGCCCUUGGUGUCAUCACAGGGGAACCCUCUGGCUACUGCAGACAGCACCAUGUGGGCCCCAGGGCAUCAUCGGUUCUGGUUCCACUGGGGGCUGCUUUUGCUGCUGCUCCUCGGGGCUCCCCUUCGAGGCCUAGCGCUGCCACACAUCCGAUACUCCCAUGCGGGCAUCUGCCCCAACGACAUGAACCCCAACCUCUGGGUGGAUGCCCAGAGCACCUGCAAGCGAGAGUGUGAAACAGACCAGGAAUGUGAGACCUAUGAGAAGUGCUGCCCCAAUGUGUGUGGGACCAAGAGCUGCGUGGCAGCCCGCUACAUGGAUGUGAAAGGGAAGAAGGGCCCUGUGGGCAUGCCCAAGGAGGCCACGUGUGACCAUUUCAUGUGUCUGCAGCAGGGCUCCGAGUGUGACAUCUGGGACGGCCAGCCUGUGUGUAAGUGUAAAGACCGCUGUGAGAAGGAGCCCAGCUUCACCUGUGCCUCUGACGGCCUUACCUACUACAACCGUUGUUACAUGGACGCCGAGGCCUGCUCCAAGGGCGUCACACUGUCUGUGGUCACCUGCCGCUAUCACUUCACCUGGCCCAACACCAGCCCUCCUCCGCCCGAGACCACUGUCCACCCUACCACCGCCUCUCCAGAGACUCUCGGGCUGGACAUGGCAGCCCCGGCCCUGCUCAACCACCCCGUCCAUCAGUCAGUCACUGUGGGUGAGACUGUGAGUUUCCUCUGUGACGUAGUAGGCAGGCCUAGGCCAGAGCUCACUUGGGAGAAACAGCUGGAGGACCGAGAGAAUGUGGUCAUGAGGCCCAACCACGUGCGUGGUAAUGUGGUGGUCACCAACAUCGCCCAGCUGGUCAUCUACAAUGCGCAGCCCCAGGAUGCAGGCAUAUACACCUGUACAGCUCGGAAUGUCGCUGGGGUCCUGAGGGCUGACUUCCCAUUGUCAGUGGUCAGGGGAGGUCAGGCCAGGGCCACCUCGGAGAGCAGUCUUAACGGCACAGCCUUCCCGGCAACAGAGUGCCUGAAGCCCCCAGACAGUGAGGACUGUGGAGAGGAGCAGACACGCUGGCACUUCGAUGCCCAGGCUAACAACUGCCUCACGUUCACCUUUGGCCACUGCCACCGCAAUCUCAACCACUUCGAGACCUAUGAGGCCUGCAUGCUGGCUUGUAUGAGUGGGCCGUUGGCCACAUGCAGCCUGCCCGCCCUGCAGGGACCCUGCAAAGCCUACGUGCCACGCUGGGCCUACAACAGCCAGACCGGCCUAUGCCAGUCCUUCGUCUAUGGCGGCUGUGAAGGCAAUGGUAACAACUUUGAAAGCCGUGAGGCCUGCGAGGAGUCUUGUCCCUUCCCAAGGGGCAACCAGAAUUGCCGGGCCUGCAAGCCACGACAAAAACUCGUUACCAGCUUCUGUCGGAGUGACUUUGUCAUCCUGGGCAGGGUCUCUGAGCUGACCGAAGAGCCUGACUCAGGCCGUGCCCUGGUGACCGUGGAUGAGGUCCUAAAAGACGAGAAGAUGGGUCUCAAGUUUCUGGGCCGGGAACCGCUGGAAGUCACUCUGCUUCAUGUGGACUGGACCUGUCCUUGCCCCAAUGUGACAGUGGGCGAGACACCGCUCAUCAUCAUGGGGGAAGUGGAGGGGGGUAUGGCCAUGCUGAAACCUGAUAGCUUUGUGGGUGCAUCGAGCACUCGGCGGGUCAGGAAGCUCCGUGAGGUCAUGUACAAGAAAACCUGUGACGUCCUCAAGGACUUCCUGGGCUUGCAAUGAAGCUAGCCUUGCUACCCUGUCCCUCCUCCGCCCACCCCCUCUGCCCUCAGCUAGCCAUCCAGGCAAGUCAGGUUAGACAGCCUUGACUAGGGAAGAAACGUCAGCUAACGUGUGGGAAGAAAGCCACCAAUGUCUUAAAGCCACUGAAGUUUUAGCGCCACCCAUAUGCUCUCUCUCCCUCUCCGUGUUCUCCCUUUGAAAAUGGUAGGGAGCACAUGCCCCCCUUUAGAGGUCUGUGGCCCAUCUCUCCAUACUACCAGCCCCUUGACCUUGGACAAUUUGCUUAACCUCUCUGUGCCUUAGAUUAUUGUAUACAAAAUGGGAAUAGUGGUUGUACCCCCUGGGCUUAGAAGAGAGCCUCAGCUAAAAGAAACCCAGGAGCCUCAUAGGUGUUUGGAUUCAAUAAAAUGUCCGUUUCUUCCCUCCACCCUAGCCCUACCCCCAGACAAGGUUUUCCUGUGUAGCUCUGGCUGUUCCGGAAUUUACUCUGUAGACCAGGUUGGCCAAGAACUAAGAGAUCUGCCCGCCUCUGCCUUCUGAGUGCUGGGAUUAAAGAUGUGCACUACCA